AUGGCCGAAACAUCUAGUACUUCAUCCUACGAUUACAUUGUCGUGGGAGGUGGAAUUGGCGGAUGUGUUGUUGCAUCUCGUUUGAAUGAGAAACUUCCAGAUGCUUCAAUUCUUCUACUGGAAGCAGGAAAGGACCCAGUUGGUCAUCCUCUGACCAGCGCACCGCUUGCAUGUUUCGGUAUUCACCACUCGGAUCUUGACUGGGACUUGCUGUCAGUGGCCCAGCCCCAUCUAGACAACCGAGUCUGCUACCAGGCCGCUGCCAAAGCUCUUGGAGGCGGGUCAUCCAUCAACUACGCCACUUGGCUCCGCGGCCCUAAGGUCGACUAUGACCGUUGGGCAAAGCUAGUGAGGGAUGAUCGGUGGAGCUAUGAAAACCUUUUACCAUAUUUUGAACGCUACGGCGGAUCGGAUAGCGUGAUCAAGACGAGCUCAACCUCACACAGCCACCAGGACCGCAAAUACCCACUUCGCGAUCUUGUGCGAAGUGGAUGGGAAAGUGAGGGUGCUUGUCACAACUCAAAUCCACAGAAGGGAGACCCUCUAGGAAUCACAGAGCUAGUCGAGAAUUGGAACGAAGGGAGACGGCAAUUUGCACACAAAGUCUUCGACCUUGACAGAGUUGAAGUUUUGACCGAGGCUCCGACCGCUCGUAUCCUUUUAUCGGAAACUAAUUCUGGUACCAAGACUCAGCGUGCGAAGGGUGUUCAACUUCUUGAUGGCCGGACCUUCUAUGCUCGGAAAGAGGUGAUUGCUUCUUGCGGGGCUUAUAACACACCGAAACUUCUUCUUCUAUCUGGCAUUGGGCCUAAAGAGCAGCUCAAGCAGCACGGUAUUCACCAGGUUGUCGAUGCACCUGAGAUAGGUCGCAAUUUCCACGAUCAUCCGGCUGUUGCGCUGAUCUGGAAGCUGAAACAAGAGAAACUUGGUCUCCCAAUGAGCGCCAUUGGGGGCAAUCCUGCCUUUGCACUAGGAUUACCUGCCGAUUGGAUUGUCUUUGCUGGCUUGGACAAGAAGUUAGUAACCGAUGCCUUAAUCAGAGAUGGAGUUGAAAUAUCUAGCCAAGAGGGUCAGUGUCUUCUAGACGAGAAGAACUGCUUCACUGAAACAUUGAACGUGUACGCGCCGGCUGGUGCGGUGCACGCUGAUAUGGACAUUCCAUUCGAUGGUCUCCAUAUGUCAACACCUGUACUGGGAAUGCUUCCAACUUCUCGAGGCAGUAUUACCCUCUCUUCGAAUGACCCGACUGCGCCCCCGCGGAUUGAUCCAAACUACUAUGCAACCGAGCUUGAUAGAACCAUGAUGCGUGCUGGUAUCCGACGGGCAUUGCAAGUCUUCCAAGAGUCCACGGCAUUAAAAGACGUGAUCGACACCGAGGUCGCACCAGAGGGAUAUCCUGUCUUAACCACAAAAUCUUCGGAUGACGAAAUAGAUGCUCGUGUGCGGCGGGUAGCUAACACUUUCUUUCAUCCUGCCGGUAGUUGUGCUAUGGGCAAGGCCGUGGAUAGCGAAUUGCGCGUCUAUGGCGUGGAUGGACUACGAGUUGUCGACGCCAGUGUACUGCCAACCCCAGUUGCUGCCCAUUACCAAUACUGCAUAUACACUGUCGCAGAUCGGGCUGCUGAUUUCAUUGCUGAUACUGGAAACUGA